GCACAGAGAUCCCCCUGUGCUCGCCGCUGCGUGUGCGACCUGCGGGAAGCGCCGCCCCCUGCAUUCCACUGCCGCCGCGCGCUCGCCGCGAUUGUAGUCGGUAUUAAACCCCGCGAGCUGCCGCCGCCAGUUACUCUACCAUGCGGAGCGCCGCGAGCCGCAGGUCCGCCGCCGCGUGAAGCACGUGAAUCACCCGCCGGGCCACCGCGCGUCCUGAAGCCUGCGUCCCCCGCGGACAGGAGGAUGUCCCCCAGACGAUUCACAAUGCUGAGAGCCUGUUUGUACCUGAGCGUCUUUGUCAGAUGCGCUGUUUCCCAAGAUGUGGAAGAGACCGUCACCUACACGCAGUGUACCGACGGCUACGAGUUCGAUCCCGUGCGACAGCAGUGCAAAGACAUCGAUGAGUGCUCCACGGUGUCGGACGCCUGCAAGGGGGGGAUGAAGUGUGUGAACCACUACGGGGGCUACCUGUGCCUCCCCAAGACCGCGCAGAUCUUCACCGAGCCCCCGCCGCCCGCGCCGACCCCUCACCGGGAGGUCCUGCACAGACACAUGCGCUGCGCCCCCGGCUUCGCCCCGGACGAGCAGAACUACUGCAGAGGUGAGGCCUUCACGCCCGUGGGCAGCGGGGCGCGUCACGGCUGCCGCGACGCCUGGGGCGUGGGCGCCCCGCUAAACACGCCCCAGCACGCCCGAGCAGCAGGCCGCAUGCUGGCGGGAAUCGCAGAGCCACCAUCCCAUCUUCCAGUCUAGAGUCUGAGCCCAGGGACAGUCGCACACAAGUGAUGGCCAGUCAUUGGUAUCUAGUAGCCAAUUGAUCCACCGAUGUCACCCAGCUGGUGUUGUACUUGGUUCAAAAACAUUUCAUUUUUCAAAAACUGCAACUUGUUUUUUUUUCAACCAGUGUUGAUUGUUCUUUUCGGACCACUGUAGAAAUGGCUUCGUACAUCAGCGCAGGGAGUCAUGUGAAUGACUUGUUCUUGAACACAUUUAUACAAUCAAGGACACGCAUUCUUAGCCUGCAUUCGUUUCUGGCUUCUGUGUGGCGAGCUGUGCUUUAGAGUUCCUGAUUUCUCCCUAUUCUAGCUGAGCCCAUCCUGGUAUCUGCUACACAGUACAACAGCCUGGGACUCCUCUGACACACAGAUGGCGUAGAUAAUGUCACCUUCCCGUUGGAAUGAGAAGUUUCAUCGAGUCAGUUUGAAACACUGUCGCGAUUGGCCUGCGAUUGCAUGAAGGGAAACUCUUCUGUUCCUGGAUGGGUGCGGACCUACAGGUUCCUACAGCUUCUAGGCUCAAGUCACGAGUGCUGUAACUGGUGGCUGAUGUUUAAGGUUUGGGAGAUUGUUUAAUGUCAGUGUUUCUCCUCCCUGUUUUUUGGUCCGUCUUAAAAAGAAAGUGAGAGUGGGGCCCCAGGUUACCUGCUCUUGAGUGUGAAGAAGCGUGUGGUUUAAUCUUUUCACAGAGGAUUUCUGAAGGAAAGCUCUAUGUCCUUUAGCCAAGUCAUGAAAGCUGUCCACGGUAGUGGUUUUCAGAACUAUGGAAUGUGAAUUGUAAAGCUAGUUCAUGAAUUUUGCUGCAUUCAUGAGAUGGUCAGUGUUUCUUUCCGUCCUGCUGUAAAGAAACGUUGCACUGCAUGAAAGGAAAGAAAAACACCACACUGCCCUCAAAGCUCACCAGGUCUCAGCCACCCUCCAGUCUCCCUAAAGCACAUGAUGUGUUAACUGUGUCGUUACCCCAUGGGCCUGAGACACAGUUAGCAGACUGGCAAGGCCAUUCUAAGGUCCAGAGGAGAGCUGAGUUGGGAUUAGAGAGCUUGGGAGCUCCUGGCAACCUAUCUUAAUUCUCUCUCCUCUGCGCGUGCUGGACAGGAAAGGUAACAGCUCGGCAGUUUUAAUGGCGAGCCUGAGCCAGGGGGUAGUGUAAAUCCAGGAGCUGGUAACAGGUGUGUCCUGCCCACACAGUACAGUAUUCUGAGAGUGGCCUGUCACAUCACAGUGAGUCUGAGGUGGUGCUGCCGGUCUGCCGGGUCCCCUGAGUCAGAAGAUCAGCCUUGUGGCCACAUGGCUCGGAGGCUGUGUUGGGUUGAGAUUUGUCAGAGAGGACAGAGGUCCAGGAUCAAACAGCAGGAUGGGCUACAUCACUGCAACUUUUACCACUCGGAGACAGAGACUGUUCCCCACUCUUCCAGUCACUGGGGUGGUACUGCAGUGCAGGCUGUGUCUCUCUCUGGCUCCUGCCUCUGAGCCCGCGUGAGGGGAGAGCCCACAGGGACGGACAGACAGCAGCUUCAAGGACAGGACCACCGCACGCUGUGGGAGCUGGACCUGAAAGUGAGUGUUGUGGAACUUUAAACUCAGAAAUUCAACAUCUUCAGCAUGUCAACAUGGCUAAAAAACCCAGCCACCGAUUUCAAUAGCUGCAGGGUUGUGUGGUGAUGUGUUACACUGUUUCUCAGAGGUCUGCUGCUUCGAUCACAUAGUUCUGAAGCUGUUGUCCCAUCUGUGAGAUGGCAAGGGACCAAACAUGCCACGGGCCUGACCUGAUCAUGUUGUUCUGCAGCAUUUAGUCUUUCGGGCUCUUGGAGCCCAAGGCCCCACUCUGAGGAGCAUAAAUCAUCAGAAAUGCAUGACCGCUGAGGUACUUGCUCUCUGUGUUUGUAGUAAAUAUGGAGAAGCAUCGUAUUUGUGUUGAACCCUGGUGGAGCGUGGCCUUGGUGUGAAUGGGUGGUGCCUUCUUUGGCUACCCUGGUGGCUUGCCCUCCUCGGAGAGGGUGAAAAGGGGGGUCCCCCAGGGCCAAACAUCCUUCAUCUUGAUGACGCGUGAGGCAGUUUUGUGGGGAGUGCACCAUCGCAGGAGGCUUGUGUAAUCUCCCCAGCUGAGGUCACUGGACUCCGACCAGCAUCCACCCUGUCCCGUGACUCCUUCUUUAUUCCUGAAGCCAGCGCAGAUUAGAUGAUCCCUUUCUCUCAACGGUUACACAACAAGGUCUUGUACAAGGGGCGGGGGGGCUCAGUUAUGAGUCACCUUCAGAGCGAUCAGUUCUAGCAGCUGCUUUUCCUGGUCGUUUCUGUUCUUGGACAUGAGCAUCUGUGUUUCGUACCUAGUUUUCUCCUGCCCUUGAGCUCUGCAGCUCAUGUCCACCUGAGAUCUUGG